GGGCGAGACGGUGGCCGAGAGCGCACAGGGCGGCGGACGGUGGCCGACGAGGUCCGGCAUGGAGCACGUAGAGCGCUGCGCGUGGUUCCUUAGGGGGACGCUGGUGCGAGCGGCCGUGCGGCGCUACCUGCCCUGGGCGCUGGUGGCCUCCAUGCUGGCGGGCUCCCUUCUCAAGGAGCUCUCCCCGCUGCCCGAGAGCUACCUCAGCAACAAGCGCAACGUCCUCAACGUGUAUUUUGUCAAAGCGGCCUGGGGCUGGACCUUCUGUCUCCUCCUGCCUUUCAUUGCCCUCACCAACUAUCACCUGACAGGCAAGGCUGGCCUGGUCCUGCGGCGGUUGAGCACCCUGCUUGUGGGCACGGCCAUCUGGUACGUCUGCACUGUCAUCUUCUCCAGUGUUGAACACUACACGGGCAGCUGCUACCAGUCACCAGCCAUGGAGGGGCUCAGAAAGGAGCCCCAGAAUAAGCAGCAGUGCCACCAGGAAGGGGGCUUUUGGCACGGCUUUGACAUCUCGGGCCACUCCUUCCUGCUGACCUUCUGUGCCCUCAUGAUUGUGGAGGAGAUGGCUGUGCUGCAUGAGGUGAAGACGGACCGAAGCCACAGCCUCCACACCGCCAUCACCGCCCUGGUCGUCGCCCUGGGCUUCCUGACCCUCAUUUGGGUGUGGAUGUUUCUGUGCACUGCCGUUUAUUUCCACAACCUGUCCCAGAAAGUAUUUGGCACCCUGUUCGGUUUGCUGGGCUGGUACGGGACAUAUGGGUUUUGGUAUCUGAAAUCUUUUUCCCCAGGACUUCCUCCCCAGACCUCUCGUUUGAAUUUGAAGCAAGACAGUUAUAAGAAAUAAAAGAGAAACAAAAGGAGUGACAGCAGGACAAUGGUGGCUGUUGAUGCUGUUAUUUAACAAUAUUUCCCUCGGGUCAAAGUAACCAACUGUUGCCUGAAAGACAAUGGUUUUAGUAAUUGUUUCAUCUGUGGAAUGUUAAAUAUUACAACUGGCUUGUGAUUAGCUAUCAAAACACUUAAACUGGAGUGCCUCUCCAAGUGAAUAUUGGAUGAUUUUCAUGUAAUGAACAGAGAGAAUUUUCCGUCAUGUUGUCUACUAUAUAUAUUGAUGUUUGAAGCAAUAAGGUUAACUUUUCUUUCUUAUAUUUUGAGUGAAUGCUUUAUAGUUUUUAAUAACAACUCUGCAUUUGUUCUUUGUUGACAAAACUCCUGAAAAUAACUCAAACUCCACUGCUGCACUUUGGCAGACGUGUGUAGAUUGCUUUGAGGGUUGUUGUUUUUUUUUUAGAACACUAACUUUUUAUAAACCAAACUCUUGGCUUUAUGGUAUUAAAUUCUACCUUGUGAGGCUCUUUUCUCUGUUAAGAAUAAAACCAGGAAGUAGACAUUUUAAUAACAACUUGAUCAAUUUUAAGCCAAGUCAGAGUAAUUUUACAAAAUGUGUAAUUGCACUGAAACUUUCCUGACCACAUGUCAUUGGUAUAGACUGACCUAUGCUUCAGAGUCAUAUGUAUGUUGAUCAUUUGCUGUGGCCUAAGGCAUUUUUACCUUUUGGAUAUGAUUAUGAUAAGUCAGAAGCGAAGGGGAAUGUCUUCCAUUGCCUUUGAUGGCAACAAACUAAGCUGUUUGCACAGAUGUUCUUAUUAAAUGGUGGCAUGACUUUGGUUCCACCCUCCUCUUAUCUGUACCACCAUCAAAGGCAAACUAAACCUGGGCCUAUUCUAUUGGUCUUGAAGCCCCCUUUUAUGUCCCCUUUGCAGCCCUUCUCAAUUUCCCGCCUUGUGAUUCUGUGGUCUUGAUUGUGAGAAUGCUGGGAAGGAUUAGAAAUCCUGUCACCUCCACCUCACAAAGGCACAGUUAUAUGCUCUGUGAUAAGACACCCCCUUCCCCUCCCCCAGGCUGUCUCCUUAAGCCUUUCAAACUGAACCCCUUGCAUAUUGGAUAAUCAUCUUUGAAGCUUCUUUGAUGCCCCCAUUACCCCCCAGUUAAUAGCAUAUAGAUAAGCACUGCACUCACUGGCUUAACUCAAGUUCAGGUCAUUAGAAGCUUGAGCUCUGGAAAACCUUCAGGAUACAUUGUAUUUCACAUAAUGAUUUAUUUAAAAUAUGAAGUUCGUAUCCCCUUUGUAUCCAGUUGAGCUGCAAGUUACCUUGUAUCAAUCAAAAUGUGAGGUGGCCCAGGGCUGGUGUGGCUCAGUGGUUGAGUAUCAACCUAUGUACCAGGAGGUCAGGGUUUGAUUCCCCAUCAGGGCACAUGCCCAAGUUUCAGGCUUGAUCCUCGGUGUGGGAUGUGCAAGAGGCAGCCAGUUGAUGAUUCUCACCAUUGAUGUUUCUACCUCUCCCUCUCCUUUCCUCUUUGAAACCAAUUUAAAAAAAAAAAGAUGAUUAUUAAAAAAAAAAGUGAGGUGUGUUACCUUGUACCCGAAGAAGGUAACAGAAACACUGGCAAUGAAAUUCUGGAGGUGUCACCCUGGUGAUUUGGGGACAUUGAUAAAGGGCAGUGGCCCCAGGAGAUUAGUUUUGCUCUGUGGAGUGGGAGUGGGGUGGAAGUGGGGAUGGGGUAGGUAGCAGGAGCUUGUGGAAGGGGUUGAAAUCUCUCCAAAGUUUCAUGUUCAGCACCAAAAGGCAACAGGCACAAGGUGACUCCAGAAGUUCAUUUGUCACACUUAAAUCUCUAGACAUUUUUCUCGUCUGGGUCUGAGUCCAGCUCAGCAUUCAAUAACUCUGCAGAAAGUAUCCAUUACUGAGCCUUGCACAUUGAUUAGUCUUCCACUGCUUCCUGUUCAUUCUUAGCACCCUUGCCUUCUUCUUGGGAGCAUGCCCUCUGUCCCUAUGUGAGACAGUUUGGUGCAGCUGAGUUUGGGCUUAGGCACACGAGAUGUGGGUUCAACUCUUGAUACCACUGCUGAGAGCCAUCUGACCAUGGGCAAGCCUCAUUUUCCUGGUGUAAUACAGAGGUGAUGCUGUUAGGAUUCAGGGAAAUGAUGUGUGUAAAAUGCCCAGCACAUGUAUAGCCCCCUACCCCUUUUUCUUGAUUAAGUCCUUUAAAAUUUUUUGGCUCCUCCAGAGAAGGCAGGGAAACUAACAUCUUUUGAGUGCCAUUUGGGGGGUCUGUGUCUCCUGUUGAAAUAGGCUUGUAUUGUCUUUUGAAAAGUGUGUUGUCCCCAGGCGCUGAACAAGAGGCUUUUGAGGGCAUCUGUGAUCCCAGAGUACUGCCAUGCUUGUUUUGCCUUUCCACAUGGAGGUUCAUUCACCGACGCCUCGUUUUCCACAUGCAUCUGUCAUAGUCUGAGUACCAGAUUGUAUUUAGAGAAUGGCUCUUGCCACUGUUAUAUACACACAGAUCGUAUGUGUAAACAAGCAAAUUAAGUAAACUGGAGAUAAUGAAAUACCACA